AUGCAAGCUUUACCAGACGUGAAAGCACCGUGUGAGGCACUUCCUUCCCCCAGCCUGGAGCCCUACCCGCAGAGCUCCAUUGUGGUCACUCUUGAGGACAUGGGUCUCUGGAUGAAGUUUCAUCAGAUAGGAACCGAGAUGAUCAUCACCAAAUCCGGCAGACGAAUGUUUCCACAAUGCAAAAUCAAAGUCUCUGGCUUAAUCCCAUAUGCCAAGUACCUCAUGCUGGUAGAUUUUGUGCCAAUGGACAACUUCAGGUACAAGUGGAAUAAAGAUCAGUGGGAAGUAGCUGGAAAAGCAGAGCCCCAGCUCCCUUGUCGCACCUACGUCCACCCAGAUUCCCCAGCUCCUGGCAGCCACUGGAUGAAAGAACCCGUCUCCUUCCAAAAACUGAAGCUCACCAACAACACUCUGGAUCAACAUGGGCAUAUCAUCCUCCACUCCAUGCACCGUUACAAGCCUCGCUUCCACAUUGUGCAGGCAGAUGACCUCUUCAGUGUCCGCUGGAGCAUCUUCCAAGUCUUCAGCUUCCCUGAGACUGUCUUCACUUCUGUUACUGCCUACCAGAAUGAGCAGAUUACAAAGCUCAAGAUUGACAACAAUCCAUUUGCUAAAGGUUUCCGUGAGCAUGGGAAGAACACUCGAAGGGAAGGACGAGCCAAAUGCCAGAAGCCUAGUCCAGCCAAGGGCCAGAAGAGGAAGCUGCCCGAGGAAAAGGAGUCCGGUGCUGAGGAACGUGAUUUUGAGAAAGAUGAGAAUGUAGAUGUGAAGGAAGAGAGUAACCCCGUCGUGGUCAGCACCGGAUACCCCUUCUGGGUCUCGGAGCAGAAUGGCAGCCAUGCCUUUCCUGCAGCAUCGCCGGUGCCAGCUGACCAGAGGGAGGGUCUGGCCAGAGAGCAGCAAGUGCCUACGCCAUCCUACCAGACAUAUCGGUUCCACGAAGCUGGGGACAGCCAGCAGCUUCCCACCCGCGAAGCUGCAACCUUGAACGAUUUCCGGGCAAGGUGCCACCCCUUGGAUCUCGCCACGGUGCCCGAGCACGACUCCAAACAGCUGCCUGAGGGCUUCUCCAACCUGCCUCCGCUCCCCCCGCCUCUGCCUCCUCCCCAGGACUACACAGGAGUGGUGAACAUGGCUCUAGACUCUGUCGGGAAACCCGGGGCCCGAGCACCCAUGUACAGUCCCUAUGGCACCGAGCAAGGCCUCGGCCAGUGGAUGGUGCCUUCCCACAGCCAGUACAGGGCAAUGAGCUACUCGGCCUUCUCCACAGAGUACAAUACACAGGGGGCUCCAGGACAUGCCCAUGGGACCAUGGCAGAGUGGAGCCAGUACCCUUUGUUCCCCUAUGCCUGCUGGUGA